AUGGAGGAUAAUCGGGGGAGCAUUGGCGAGACGAAUAGUACACAUUCUUACUACACAGCAUCCGCCGCUGCCACCGCUGCCACCUUUGUUACCGCCACCGCUGUUACUGCCCCCGCCUCUCCUUCAAGCGCACGCGCCGCCCCUGGGCCUCGAAUAUGGGGACUUCGCAAAGGAUCAGUAACAUCUGAGUGCACCUGUCCAUCGAAUCGGGGAUCGGUGGCCCUCCGCGAUAGCGUCGCAUACCCCUCUUCCGACUCUACCUUUGAGGCCAGCAUCAUCAAGGGUACGGCGCAGGCCUGCCAAUGUCACCCAAGCAAACCUCGGUUGAUUGAUCUCGACAAUUUACGCCUCAAAGUAAAGGAUCUUCGGCGGAGCAUGUCCAGAAACAACAGCAUCGCAGAAGAAACUUCGUCGUGGUCGAGAGACAUCGAAUUAAGCCCGCCCCAGCACAUAGUUAUCCACCCACCCACAGAGCAGCGAACCGCGACCGAUAUGUCCAACGAAACCCAGAGUGAUAGCUUCAAAGUUGCCAAGACUCGAUCACCCUCUUUGCUUAUACCUCCAAAGAGAUUUCGUGACAAGAUUCGAAGUAAGCAUUUUAAUCGGACACCUGAAAAUUUGGAGCUCGAAUGCCCGGGCCACACGGAAGUCCAAAAUGAGCGUAGGAUAAAAGGAGUGUGGUCCCCGUGCUGCGUGAUUCUGUAA